AGCCCUGCUUCCCGAUAAACAAAACAAACCGAAAACAAUAACAAUACGCUUUUCUGUUGUUUUUUCGUUUUAAGAAUUUAUAAAUUAAAAAAUCAUGAAUUUAAAAUACAAGCGGCGGUACGAAAAUUUAAAGCGCUGUAUCAAGAGCUAUACACUGGAAAACGCUGCCCUCACCGACGAAAUUUGCCAUCUGCAGGGCGAGUUAUCUGCCACUCGAACACAUAGACUCUACUUAAUUGAAAGACUUAUGUUCUAUGAGGGCUUGGAAAAAUCAAGUAAUGGUCGGAACAGCCUUUCGAAUGGGAAACCAGAAUCUGCGGACAACCAGGCAGGCAGCUUAAAGAAGAUUAAGCCAGCUGCCAUGCAAAGGAAGCUCAGUGAAGAAAAACCAAAAAAUGUUGGCAUAAUCCGGAAGAAGAAGUCUGUUUUUCCCGUGAACCUAAACAGCGUAUUGCUGCACUCCUUGGGUGAAAUAAUUUCUGGAAAUCCCAAUUUUCACAGUGAGAACUGGAUCUAUCCCGUCGGAUAUGUGGCCACUCGUAUUUUCGCUCAUCCAAAGGACCCGCGCAAAAAGUGCGUUUUCACCUGCAAGAUCUUAAACAAUGCCGGGAUUCCUCAAUUCCAGAUUAUCCCCGACAACGAUUUGGAUGGCGUGUUCUUCGGCGAAAGCGCCAACGCAUGUCAUAUGGAACUAUUGAAUACCAUUCAAAGAUGCCCCAAUGUUAAGGUGAAAAUUCCAUUCGAGCUCCAGGGAGAGGUCUUUUUUGGUCUGUCCAACCAAAAGACCCAAUCGCUUCUAAUGGCGGAUCCUGGAUUUCAACAGUGCAGCAAUUUCAAAAGCUUCAUAGUUCCGACUUCGAAGUCUCUGAAUAACCCAUCUAUAUCCUUUGAGACGCUUCAAACAUUUCUGUCCUGAUACUCUUAAUAAAUACUAGGAGUUUAUGAAAAAUAAAAUUAAAAUAACUUAAGGAAACUAUUGGACUACAUGAAGUUCUUAUGAAGUAUUUCUAGAAUAAAAAUCACAGAAUAAAUUAAAAUAUAUUUCUA